UCCUAUGAAGUUCGUUACUUUGAAGUAAGAUUUCACAAGAAACAUUUGGACAUGGUUUUGGGUUCUUACUUUCCUUACAUUCUUCAAAAGGCUAAGGACAUUGAAGAAGAGAAGAAGACGGUGAAGCUUCACACCAUUGAUUAUAAUGGAACAGAUUAUUGGAACUCUAUUGUUCUUAAUCACCCUUCAACUUUUGAUUCUAUAGCAAUGGAGCCAGAGAUAAAAGGAAUGUUGUUGGAAGAUUUGAACUUGUUUUUGAGGAGGAAAGAAUAUUAUAAGAGAGUUGGGAAGGCUUGGAAAAGAGGGUACUUUUUGUACGGACCACCAGGUACCGGGAAAUCAAGCUUGAUAGCUGCCACGGCUAACUAUCUAAGGUUUGAUAUAUAUGACUUGGAUUUGAAAGAAGUGCAAUUCAAUUCAGAUCUUAGGAGGUUGUUGAUUGGAACAGGAAGCAAGUCAAUUUUGGCCAUUGAAGACAUUGAUUGCUCUGUUCAAUUGCACAAUAGGAAAGAUGCUGAUGGAACCGAUGAUGAUGAUAAGGUUACUCUGUCGGGGCUACUAAAUUUCAUUGAUGGAUUGUGGUCAAGUUGUGGAGAAGAAAGAAUAGUGAUAUGCACAACAAAUCACAAAGAACGUCUUGACCCUGCAUUGUUGAGACCUGGUAGAAUGGACUUGCACAUCACGUCAUAUUGCUCUUUCACUGCUUUCAAGACACUGGCUUCUAACUACCUAAGAAUUCAGAACCAUCAUCAUCCUAUGUUUGAUGACAUACAAGGUUUGUUGGACAAGGUUAAUGCAACACCUGCUGAGAUUGCAGGAGAGUUGAUGAAGAGUGAAAAUGUAGACAUUGCACUCAAAGGCCUCAUCAACUUCCUCCAAAGCAAGCACUAUACUUCCAAGUAA